UUCUGAUUUUGGCGCACGCGGAAGAGGAACUGUAACCAAUUUCCUUUUCCUAUUAUUUUCAAAUGUUAUAAUUUGCAGAAAUUUAAACAGGAAAACAUUAUCAAUACAAGUUACAAACAUUUUGUUUAAUGUAGUUGUUCGCAAAACUUAAGUAACAGUGUUAAUGUGAACCUAAGUAACAGUAUUAUAAUAAUGAUGGAGGUGUCUGAUAUAAACGAAUUAUUAAAUGUGUCUACAAUUAAAAUGGAAGGGGGUGAAUCUUCUUUUGAAGAUGAAACUGAAGAUGUAGAAACAUCAGAUCCCCUUUCUGGUAUACCACAAUAUGUUACUGAGUCCGAUUUAGGGUUAAUACACACUGGAGGUGAAAUCUUGCCAACAGCACUUGCAGAUUUCUCAGACACUCCUGAAGAUGAAGAAACGACCACUGAUGUCUCUGGAGAGGUGAUAGUACAAUUAAUGGAUAUAAGAACAAGAUUGUCCCGACUUCGGUCACUGUUGGAGCAAAGAUUGGGAGAUGAUUUAUCUGAUUACACCUUUUGGCUCCAAGAUGCUAAAAUGUUAGAAAAUCACAAAACACUUGUUGAGCAAUGUAUAAAAGGGGAAGGUGUUGUGCAAGUUAAUAUUCAAAUCAAACAGGCUGAGAAAAAGAUCAAUAUACUAGAUGUGUUAAAACCUGAUGAAGAAUUGGUACAAUUACCGCAACAAACAGAAUAUGAAACCAUAGAAAUGAAAGUGGAGCAAUCAGCAGCAGGGAAUGUGGAGGGUGAGAUGUCAGUGUCUGGUGAGGGGGAGGUUGAAGGUGAGGGUAUGUUGGAGGUGGAGGGGGAGGUUCCGCAGCCGCACGCCGCAGCCGUCAAGUGGGUAGUGGACGGUCAGUUCAGAGCUGACCAUAGUCGGGUUCAUAUACCAGAUGAUCCCGCUGACUGGUCCGUCCAGCACGUCAAGUUGUGGAUCCAGUGGGCGGUGCGGCAGUUCAACUUGGCGGGGGUCAAGUUAUCAGACUGGAGUAUCAGCGGCGCGGAGCUCUGUACUAUCACUAAUAUUGACUUCAAACGGAAAGUGCCCUCAGAUCCGGGAGAUUUGUUCUGGACCCACUUUGAGUUGUUAAGGAAAUGCAAAUUUAUUGCUGUAGUUCAGAAUGAGGAGCAGCCUGUAAAAGACGUACUGGAGACGCCGCACUCCGCUAUCAAGAAGAAACCUAAACAGGUCAGACAGAUGUCUCGCUCCCGCAAGGAGGAGGAGUGCGUGUACGUGUCGUCGCGCACCGGAUACAACGGUCAGAUCCAGCUGUGGCAGUUCCUGCUGGAGCUGCUCACCAGCGCGGAGUACUUCGACGUCAUUCGAUGGCACGGUCAGCUCGCUUUGUUAUAGUUUGUCUAAUAAGAUUAAUUAGUUUGUCAAUAGGCAAUAUGCAUAUGACG